GGCGGGAUGAUGAGCUAGCGGGACUGAUUUCCUCAUGUAUGGACGGGGACAUAUACGAUAGGUGGGGGAAGCACAUCGAUCCCAAGACCCCGGGAGGAAUCAGGCAGGAAGCCCUCAGGCGAGUGGCGGCAGGGCCGCUAUCCGCCCCGACAAUGUUUAGAAUAUGGCAAGAAAGGGAGGAUCCGGGCGUGAAAGUCGAGGAGAUUGUGGAUGAAAACGAGAAGGUGACUCAACGACUAAAGGCGGGGACUAUAAAGGAAGAACCUAUCGUCGUUGAGUCGAAUGACGAGGGGGUGGAGGUGGUGAGAGAGUCCGCCUCGACCAUCCUGGAAAGGAUGGAGGACCUGCUUGCAAAGGGGGAGGAAGAGGAGGAGGAUGACGAAGAGGAUGAGAGGCUCCGACAGGAGGAGGAUCAGCGAGCCGAGCAGAGGACCAAGAAGAGAGGAAUUCAGGGAGGGGCGGAGACGAGCCUGCAUGACGGCGCGCCAAAAAAGAAGAAGUACGCGGUCCGACUGGAGGAGGGUUUUGACGUGGAGCGAAUGGUGGACAAACUCCUGGAAGGUCACAAUGACUUGAUGAAUUUAAAAGACAUCUUUGCGUCAGCACCAAGGCUCCGUGGUGAGUUGAAAGGGCGGCUCUCACAAAGGUUAGUGCCCAACGUCCACCUGAGCUCAAUUCUGCCCAGGGAGAUAAAGUGGACGGAGGCGGGCACCAGGAUGGAUUGGAAAUGUGUGGCAUGUGGGUUGGUGGAUUUGAAGGGGACAAGAACAGGGCGGAUGAGGGCGGAUGGGCUGAGCCAUAUCAAUGAGGAUGGGGCAAGCCAGGAGUCAAUUGAGGAUACCCCACCAGUCGACGGGUUCUUGGACCAGGAGGAGGAUGUCCGCCUCCACAUAAAUGAAUGGUCGUUGAGGGUGCCUAGCUGCGUCACGCAUCCCAUAUGGCUAGCGCCAAGGGGGUACGAGCGAAAGGAGGAGUUGGUCCUCAAGCCCUUCCAGAAAGAAGAUCCGUGGGGGAGUAGGGAUGUUGGCUGGAUGAUGAAGUUGGCAUUGGCGGGUACACAUAGUCUGGCAGAGGAAGUGAGGACGAUAGAGGAAGGCCCAACCCAGGUAGAGGAGCGUGAGCAAUUAAUGGGAGGGAUGUACUUGCUCACUAAUACGCUCCUGCAGGGGAACUUUAUCCAGAGGGGCUCAUUUGGUCCUGAGGAGAGGGAACUUCUUGUUCCUGAAAGUCAGGAUGAUGAGUUCGAAGAGGGAGAGAUCAAGGAGGCGUUUCGCGCAGAAGAGUAUAACGGGAUCUAUCGGGAAUUGGGGUUACUCCGGUCAUGCGAGAUAAGGGAAAGGGACGCAAGUGCCAAAGCCCAGAAGGCAGUCAUACAGAGGGGCGAGAGGGACACACGACCACGGCAGAGGCCCCAGAGGGCAGCGGGAAGAGGCGAGCAGCAUGAGCCGCCUAGGAGGGAGCCUACGCCUGAGUUCGACGAUGAUAAUAUAGAGCUCUUCCUGGACGUGUAUCUGGAUCAUGCGGCACAGAGAGGGUGGCCAGUGGCGGAGAGGAUCCACCACUUGAGGGGUAUAGGGCAGUUUGAGGAGCCUGUCGCUCAGAUAUGUGAGGAGGCCCUGACUUGGCCGGAUGUGGAGGCCGGGAUGCAGAGGUUGAGAGCUUCCCCUAGAGGGCGCGAUGGCAUGCCCGUUCAAUUGGAGGAGGGGAAUGCGGAGGAGUUUAUUCCCGCGUAUGAGCAUUAUAUGCUGAUUGAGUUUCGGCGGAUUACGAGCGAGGAAUUGAGGCCGCCUUCGCCAUCGCCUCCAAGGCGGGAGAUGAACAUACCAGGAGAGACACCAUUCCAGAGCUUAGCGACUCACCUUGAUGUAUCUCGACGGGAGGCCGCACGAUUGGGGGAGGGCUCAGUUGAGCCGACGUGCUAUGUGCCGUUGGAGGAGCCUUUGGACCCCGAGACGGAGACAGCCAUGCGAGACCGAGAGGAGCCGCGGGAUCCUGAGAUGGCAGCUGAGCAGCCAGAUCCGGUACGGCCUCUGGAUGAGGAGGUGAUCAUGGUCGGAGACGAUACCCCUCCAUGCUCCCCAGCUCCAGAGCCAGCACAACAUUCAUGGCCAGAGGGGAUUCCUGAGCCAGGCAGCGAGGAGAUUCCGGAGUUUCCCCCAGAAACCACUGCGGUGCCUGAGCAGGAGGCAGAGAUGGAGAAGCAGGGGGCGGGUGGGGGAGUGGAGAUGGAGGCGAUUCAAGAUUCACCUUCAGUCAUGCCCGCGACCGAGCGCCCACCUAUCAGGGAGCCUGCACUGGAGGGGCUACCGCCGGCAUUGCCGAGUACGAGCGAGAGGAUGGGUGCCGAGGCGUCGACUCCGGAAGGCCAGGGGCCGCAAGUGAAGGGAGCCUUAAGAGAAACCCGCGAGGAGAAGUCCGCCAGAGUGCGAGUCCAUUUGGACGAGAUACACACAAGGCAGGCUGAGAUGGAGGCGGCAGGGAUAGAGCCGACGCCGCCGGUCGAUCCCAAAACGAGUGAGCAGCGGAUCGACGAGUUGGGGGCCAGAGGGACGCAGCCCGCCAGGGCUUGGGAGGCUAGCCAGACGGGACGAGUCGGUGCCGAUGGCCAGGGCCGAGGGAUGCGGGCUUCGCCAAGCCAGGGAGCAGCGGUGGAGGCCCCUCGGCGAGCUGGGCCAAUGGGGGAGGUGCCUCUGGACACGGCCGAAGAGGAGGGUGGCGCCCACGAGUCACUCAUGGCGAUGUCCACGGAGAGAAGAGGUUCACGUUUGCAUGAGUUGGCAGCAGUCAUGGGGAUAGGUACUCCACAGGAGGGGCCUCAGAGGCCUGAUGCCCCAGGCUACGCCCCAGAGCUGGGAGAAUUGAGGGCGGGGUUGGCCUCCUGGGCCACAGGGACGGACUCAGGAGGACCUGACUCAGGGCAGUAGCAGCAACAGGAGGUCUUGAGUGAGCCAGCCGCCGUGACGGGCUCUCAGCAGUCAGGAUCAUGUGGGGAUGAGAUGGUGGUUGUGAUAAAGAGGCCUUAUGAGG